ACACACAUCUCACAAUGGCUGGCGGCGGCUCCGAUCCCAACGCAAAGGUCAAGGCCACAUGGCACAUUGGCUCCUGGGGCAACCCCUAUGAGGGCGGCGGCCGACCCGGCAAGGGCAUAGUCACGUACUCGCUCAGCCCCAACAGGCAGCGCCCCAUGGCGACGUUCAUCGGCAAGGGUUUCUGGAAUGUCGUGCGCCGCUCGCGGAACCAGGUGCUGUACUUCAUCCCCCCGCUCAUUGCGGGCUACGCCACCAUGGAGUGGGCGAUUGAGAGGAACGAGUACCUCAACUCCAAGCACGGCCGUGCUGAGUUCAGCGACUCGGAGUAGGGGUUCUGAUGAAGAGCGACAUGUAUACGUAGAAGAGUGGAUGUCGGGCGCUGCUUGGCACGAGAAUUCCUGAUUCGGGUCGACGAAUAGAUUGUACAUCAACCUCCUUGCAGUCACA